UCCUCUCCACUCCGCGCUUUUGCCGCCAGCGCCGGCGUUCCUCUGCUCCUCUCCUCCCCGCGGCCACGCCUCCUCUCCUCCUCCCUGCCUCCACCGCCGUCGGCCGUCCGCGCCGUCGACGUUUCUCGGCUAACUUGCUCCGCGCCGUCGACGUUUUUCGGCUGACGUGCUCCGCGUCCGUCGCCGCCGGAAUCCACCGUCCUCACUCCAUUGGUCCCGUCCUUCCUCCGCCGGCGCCGCGCCUGCCUCCCUCCCUCCAACGGCCCCCUCGCCAACGGCUGGUCCCUCCUUUUUGGCCCACGCGUCAUCGAUUUGGUAUAGAUAACGAAAUACGUCGAUUUGGUAUAGAUAACGAAAUACGUCGAUUUUAGAUACGUCUCGACGGAGGGAGCCGAGCACAUAGCACAUACCUCUCUCCUCUUGUGAGGCUGACAGGUGGAGCCCGCACCGAUUCUCCCAAACCUUUUUGGCUGCCCUUCUUCUCGUUUCGGAACGCCUCCACCGCCGCCGCCCGCCGGCACAACCAAGGCCCCACCUCUUCGCCGUUGUCUCGUCCGCCCUUGGACGGAGCCAACUCCGGCCGGCGCGGGGUUGAACCCUCCGAAGCCAGCAGUAGGGAGGCCGAGAUCGGAGCGGGAGGGGGAGACCAUAUGGAGUCGGAGGUGGUGAAGGCGGAGAUGGUCCUCGCGCCGUCGCUCCCGUUCAAGAAGGUGCAGACGGCGGACAAGUACCCCAAGGGCCAGUCCCGCGGCCGCCAGUGGAAGCACCUCCGCCUCCUCCUCCAGGCCGCCGACGCCACCUCCCUCCCCCCCGACCGCCCCAACUAUUUGAAUAUCCAGUCACCCCCAUCGAUUUAUCCACCAAAGAGAUAUUGUGACAUAACUGGUUUUGAGGCACCAUAUGUGGAUCCAAGGACAAAGCUACGCUACGCUGAUCCAGAAGUGUUCAAGCAAAUCCGAAUACUUCCUGAUGAAUAUGUCCAAAGGUAUCUGGCACUGAGAAAUGCUGCCGUUGUACUGAGAUAACAAUCUUUGCUCACAGGAUCCAUGUAGAACAGAAAUUGCGAUUUGUAAUCUUGACUGUAUUGGCAGAGUCUCCUAUAGAUCUACUGUGAACGUGUAUCUACUUGUGUUCCUGUUUCUUAGCAAAUUGUAAGAGAUGAUUUUCCCUCUGUAGUGAUAGCUGUCUUCAUGGCUGGAGGCGUUCAGUUCGUUCUGUAUCAAUGUUCAUGAAUUACUGGUAAUCCAUUCUCCACCAUAGCCGAAACUACUUUAUGGAUAUGGCA